GUCUUUGUUAAAUCGCCACUCCUCUGUUGUUUUGAAUCCGCGGCUGCUGCUACUGCGGACCGUUCAGUUUUGUGGAAGCGUGACCCAGUGACGUCUCAAUCCGGCUGUGUUUACGCAGCCGUACAGGUCCCGGUUUGCUGCGGGAGCUGUGCAAACUCCGAGCAGACUUCCGUGUAUCUGCGUGUCUGAGCGCAGCCAUCGUUCUGGCGCGGUGGAUUGUGGGCAGCCGUCGGUCCUCCGAGCCCAGUCUCCUGCACCCCCAUUGGAAAAAAUGGCUGCUUCGGCGGCGGCGGCGGUGGAAUCUUGCCCCGGUUUGUGUCCCAGCUUCGCCGUAGUUUGCUCUUUUCUGGAGCGGUAUGGACCUCUGCUGGACCUGCCAGAGCUGACUUUCCCACAACUGGAGCGAGCACUAAAGGAGACCUCGACAGUUCCCAAGCCCUUGGUGGAGCUCCACUUGAAGUUAAUGAGGAAAAUUGGCAAGUCUGUGUCGGCAGAGAGAUGGGAGAAAUAUCUAAUCAAGAUGUGUCAGGAGUUCAACAGUACCUGGGCCUGGGAGCUGGAGAAGAAAGGAUACCAGGAGAUGACUGUGGAGUGCAAGACGGGGAUCCUCAAGUACCUGUGCGAAUGCCAGUUUGAUGACAAUAUCAAGUUCAAAAAUGUGGUCAAUGAGGAAGACCCUGACGCGAUGCGCCUGCAGCCAAUUGGUCGUGACAAAGAUGGCUUGAUGUACUGGUUCCAGCUGGACCAGGACCACAAUGUGCGGGUCUAUGUUGAAGAGCAGGAUGACCAGGAUGGUUCUUCGUGGAAGUGCAUAGUCCGAUCUCGGAAUGACCUGGCGGAGACACUAGAGCUGCUGAAGGCUCAGAUUGACCCAUCGCUGCUGACAAAACCUGAGCAGCAGGAGGGCUCCUCCAGUACUAGCCCCGGCCCAGAGGAUGAAGAGAACAAGAAGGAGGGUGGAGAGAUCCCGCCACCAGGUGAAUCCUCUGACAUAAAAGCUGACAAAACAGAUGAGGUUUCGAAGGACCAGGAAAGCAAAUCUGCAAAGGAGACACUUGUUCCUGCUUGUUCCAAAAGUGUAAAAGAGGAGAAGGCACCCGCUUUGUCAGAAAAGGGAGAGCAAAAAUCUGACUUGAAUGUGGAAGUGAAGCAAGUCAAACAGGAAUCAAAUGAAAGCAAGGAAACUACCGAGAAGAAGGAGUUAAUAAACAAAGCCGAUAAAGUAAUAGAAAGACCUGUGACCGAUAAGAACAGAAAUAUCGCCACCCUUAUCAAAGAAGAUCCAAAAGACCCUAAAGAUGCCCAGAGCUCUGGUCAGAACACGGUGGCCUCGGUGCCAGAAGUCCUUGUAAAAAUUGAACUUCCCGAGGAGGUUAAAGAAAAGUCUCCGGAGGAAUUGGAGAGAGCACUGAAGAAUGACCAGCAGGCCAAGAUUCCACUGAAGAAGAGGGAGCUCAAACUGACGGAGGACUUUGACAAUGGAAGUAAGAUUGUCCGUAACCCGUCCAUCACCCCAACCAAAGAACUUCUUAAGGAGGAAGGGAAAACUGACGAGGAAUCUAAGCCACCAGUUUUCUGCGCUGUAGAGAAGGAAGGGAAGGAACUGGUGAAUGGAGAGGUUCAAAGUUCAGGAGACGUGAACCACCACCAAAAUCAAGAGGAGCCAGCGAACACAGGGGUUUCAUCAGAGGAGAAAGUAUCUUUGCAGAGUGAGCAAGCUAAGAAGGGAGAAGCCUUGCCUGAUGUCUCCAUAAAAAAACAAGAGAAUGGGUUAGCAGAGUCCAGUCAUAAGGCAAUCACAAGUCCACAUAAAGAACAGGAAAAUGCUUCUGAACAAGAGAAUGCAGCGAAGACUGAGAAAGUUGAAGAUGCCAAACAAGUGAAGGAAAAUAAAGGACCCGAGGUAAAUGUAAGUGAUUCCACUGAUGCUACUCCUACUACUGACCCUGCUUUUGCUGCUGUCCUGGAAGAAAAGAAGGAGACUUCUCCAAAACAAGCAGAGGCAUCUCCUUCACCCAAAGCUUUUUCCCAUCAAGAAGAAUCCAAAGAGGAGCCAAUGGAAGCAUCCGAAGGUCCUGUGAACAAACCAGAGAUGACGGAGAAACCUAAGGAACCUCAGGAAGGACAGAAGGACAUGAAUGAUGAGAAUUUGGACAAGGACAGUGAGAAAUCCAAGAAAGAUUCCUUGGUUACUCCGAUGGAAUGUGACAUUUCUGAGAGGGAGGAGGCGGACACGAAGAAAGAAAAUGAUACGUCUUGUGCUGAGAAGGCAGAGUCAGCAACCGUUGGUAAUGCUGGGGAUGAAAAGAAGCAGGAAGCAAGUGGUCUGGAGGAAACCUCUGUAAUCACUGUAACUCCACAAGAGGAGAAGUCAACACCAACUGAAGAGGCUGAGGACAACAUGGAAAAGGAAAAGUCUGAAAAGAGUGAGACCCAAACAGCAGGAGCAGACCAACAGGCAGCUGUCAGUUCUGAUGACAGCAAGCAGGAAGUGGGGAAGAAAACUGAAACGCUUAAUGAAAAUGAAAAGGAAGCAAAGGAUGAAAAAUGCAAUGAGGCAUCAUCAGAGAUCCAGAAAGGAGGGAUCAGGUUGAAGAUCAGGAUCCCUGCACACAAGAGGAAGACCGUGAUUCAGGUGGAGGAGAAGAGGCCGGACUGUGAGACUGAGGUGACAGAUGGGAGGUCUCUGAGGAGGUCACCAAGGAUUUGCAGGCCAACAGCCAAGGUGGCUGAAAUCCGCGACAAGAAGCUGGAAAAGAAGCAGGCAGCAGCAGACGAGGAGGGGGAGGAGGAUAAUGAGGAUGAAGAGAAGCCAGCCCCCCAAAGGAAAGCAAAAGAGGGAUCAAGAAAGACUGAUUCAGAGGCCCAAACCAGACCCACCAAGGGCAGGCGGCGGCACCGGCGGACCCGCUGGACAAACACCCGCUCGCGGUGGCGUAAAGCGAAGGGCUCGAGCGAGGAGGAGGAGGAAAGCGAGGAGGACGACAGUGACGAAGACUACAAGGUGGAGAAAGACAAGGACAGACACGAGUCGGACUCCGAGGAGGAGCCAACUCCCAACGAUGAUCCCUGUAAACACUGCGGCCUGUCCAACCACCCUGAACUGAUCCUCCUGUGUGACUCCUGUGACAGUGGCUACCAUACAGCCUGCCUGCGGCCCCCACUGAUGGUCAUUCCAGACGGAGAGUGGUUCUGUCCACCUUGUCAGCACAAACUUCUGUGCGAGAAACUGGAGGAGCAACUGCAGAAUUUGGACGUAGUUUUGAAAAAGAAAGAACGUGCAGAAAGAAGGCGAGAACGCUUGGUGUAUGUUGGGAUCAGCGUUGAAAACAUCAUCCCUGCUCCCGUAAGUAGUACGGACUUGGAUUCUAAUGGCGCUAAAGUUUUUAGCCCAGACACAACGAAGGAACCAGAGGUAGAAGAAGGGACUGAGGAAAAGAAAAAAGAAUCAAGAAAAUCCAAAACCUUGGAAAGGAGGUCAACUAGAACACGGAAGUCUAUCAGUUACAGAUUUGAUGAGUUUGAUGAAGCGAUAGAUGAAGCCAUUGAGGAAGACAUCAAAGAGGCAGAGGGAGGAGGAGCAGGCCGAGGGAAGGACAUGGCCAACAUCACAGGUCACAGAGGGAAAGAUAUCUCCACAAUCCUCCAGGAGGAAGGCAAAGAGAACCGCCGUCCACAAAGAGCUGCUGCCUCGCGGAGGAAGAAACGCCGGCGCCUCAACGAUCUGGACAGUGAUAGCACCAUGGAGGAGGACGAGAGCGAGGAAGAGUUCCGUGUCAGUGACAGCACAGAGGAGGAGUUUGUGGUGUCGGACGAAGAGGCAGAGGACAGCGAUGGCGACAUCCCCUCCAACGAGGACAGCGACCUCGGCCGCCGCACUCGCCGGACCCGCCAGAGACAGACCAAGAGACAGAGCCAGCGCAUACGACGGAGACGAGGGCGCAGGGAAUACUCUGACGACGACGAAGAGGAGACUGAGGAGGAGGAGGAGGAAAUGGAGACGGAGCGGUCCAGCGAUUACAGCGACGAUGACCUGGACCUGCAUCGGCGGCGCUCUCGCCGGAGCAAGAGGAAGCCGGUGAAUUACUGCGAGACCUCGGAGAGCGAGGGGUCACGCGCAGGGGGCAACCGGGACAAACACAAGUCUCACCGCCGCCGGCUCUCCAGCUCCAGCGAAGGGAGUUUCCUUACCAAAGAUUCAGAGGAGGAUGAGGAGGAAGAGGAAAAGGAAAAGCAGAAGAGAACGAAGACAAGGGGAGAGUCUUCAGAGGAGGACUCGAGGCGCCGGCGGCGGCAGAUGCUGAAGAGACGGAAGACCUCGGAGGAAGAGGACGACGACGAAGAGGAUUCUGAAGAGGAAGAGGAGCGGCCUGUCCGCAAGAGGCUGAACCGCAUCGAGACCGAUGAGGAGGACGAGGAGCCUAAGGAGGAGGCUGCACCCGAGAAGGAGCUGACGCAGGAGGAAGGUCAGCGCCUGGGAGGGCUGAAGAAGUCCAACCGGAUAACCAGCGAUGAUGAGGAGGACGGGGAAGCUUUAGGGAAAGAGGAAAGCCCGAUGGACUACAACCUGGUGGAGUUGCCUUCAACCAAUGGACAGAGCCCAGGAAAUGGUCUGGAAGGCUUCAUCACAAAACCUGGUGCAGCUGCUAGUCAAAUCGUCCAUCCAGGUCCCAAGAACAGUGGUGCCCCUGCAGCGUCCAGUACCGCUGCCAACCCCUCCGCCAUCCUGGCACCCAAUGGCAUGGCUGGACAGGAAGUACCCCCUCAAGAUGAAGACGAGGAUGACCUUUUGGGAGUGACCGACCUGGUGGACUAUGUUUGUAAUAGUGAACAGCUUUAAGACUGUUUUUUCUUUUGUUCUUUCAGCCCCUCUUCCUUCUUGUAGUAUGAUAUGUACUUCCAUGUCAAGGGGCUUGUGUAUUCCACAGUAGCUGUUGCUAUUGUCCAGACAAGGUUUUAUGCAGGUUGGGGCUGACGGAGGUCAGGCCACUUAUGGGGAGCCUGUGUGCUCUUCCACUACUCACUACACAUACCGAAGUGAAGAAAGAUAUCAGAUUCAUCUUGGAGAGCCAUUAUUUUAACCCCCUUACACAUUCUCGAGGAUUUUUUUUUUAAAAUAUGGAUUUAGUAUUUUAAAUUCCCUACGUUGUAUAUUCUUUGCCUGUUGUUGUCCUUGUACAAAUUAACCUUUUUCACUGUAAUAUUUUUUUUAGAUUUCAUAAGAAGAAAGGUUCAUCACGCUGUGUUUGGAGAAGAUUAAAUUGGGGAGAGGGCAACAAACUGCAUUCCUUUUCUGAAGGGACUUUAGAAAAUUUAGGAAUUGUCUGCGACAGUAAACCUGUCCCAGUUUUUUUCUAGAUAAGUCCACUAGUUUCCAGAAUUAUUGAAUAUGGAAUAGAGCUACUUUAAAGUUACUGGUGCACGACACCUGGUUAGUAGGAGUUGAAUCUGCGUAGCACAUUUCACUAGGCUUAUGUACACAUCAUAAGGUAUUCGCUUCACUACUUUUAACUAGCUAGUUUAAUAGCUAUCUCGUAUACAUGUACUGUAUUCCAGUCUCUUUUCCAAAAAGAGCCUCCAUUUUUUUUAAAGAAGCAAUGUUAUCAUAUUUUUGUAAUUUGUGAUCUUUGAAAUGCAAAACUUCUUCCCCACACGUUUUGUGUUUUAGAUAGGCCUUUUAAAAAUAAUUUAUUACAACUAUUGUUGACUAUUGAGGUGAAUUUCUGCCUAUGAUCUGAUAUUUUUUUAACUGUUGGGUUAUUUCUUGAAAUAGCUGACAUUGUUAAAAUUUCUGUUUGUGACUCAGUGAGAAUUGAGCAUGCUUUUAAGAAUCUCAGUUAAAAACUUUGGAAAGCAAGGAAGAUUUUUAGAAGGUUAUAGGCAACAAUCCUCUGAUCAAGGCUGUACAUCUUAGCACCAAGGCACUUGAAUAUGUUUUCUCAUGGCCCAGAACAAAUUUAUAUUAAAAACUAGUUUUUAUUCACUGUAGUGUCCAUUAUCUGUGAGUAUGUUUACCUUCUCACGAGGUUUAGUUUUGUUUUAUUUUUGAUUUUUUAUCUUUUUGAAGAAGUCUGAAUUUAUUAAUUACCUUGUUUAUUCCCUUCUUAUAUCAGUACAGUCCUAAUUACUUUUGUGCAUUUUUACAGUAUCAGCCAAGGCAGUUUAUUUUAAUGCUUAAAAUGCCAAACUUUUAGACAAGUAAGGGACAUCUUUGAGAAUCCACAUUAAUUGCAUUUGGAAUAAAAUACAUGUAUGCUAAAAAAUGUAAUGAUGAAAACUAUUUUUGUUUUACACACUUGGGUAUCAAGUUAGAUCUCCCUUGAACUAUAUGUACAUGUUGAAUUGUCCCUAAACAUUUACCUUCGUCUUGCAAUAUUGCUUUCUUUUUAUGCAUUUUAAAUCUUCAGUGCAUCUUGGUAAUUGUUAAUGAAAUCCAUAAGCAUAAAAAGUGCUCUGGAUUAGAUUUAGCCAUAAAACGUGUUUUGAGAAAUCACUACUGUUUUUUUGCUUUUAAAAAACUGUCAUUAAGCUGUUUUCUUAGACAUUUGCGAUAUUAUUUUGGAACUUGCUUAUUGUCUAACACCCCUUCCCUGUAAUAUACUUCCUAUUUGUUCACACUGUUUCUUUUAUUUAACCAUGCUUUUGUUCUUUAUCAUAUAUAUAUAUUUAAUUUUUCAUUGUCUGACAAUCCUCUGUUGAGAUACCAGUUUCAUCAGUUCAUUGACAAUACUUACCUGACAUAAUGUAGGUACUUCGAUGUAUAUGAUGGGGAGUUUCAGUUUUCCUUAUUCUAAAGUACAGAGAAUGGACCAAUAGCAAUGACAUGGCAUUCUCAAGAUAUUUCUCCAUCUUGCAGGAGAAAAUAUCUCAUAAUGUUUCUGUGUUAGUUUGAAGCACAGUUUGCUGCCACUAGUCAAGGAGCUAUAGAAGCUCACAUUGAUUUCCUAAAGCAUAAAGAAGUGCAUUAUCAUAGUUUUUCUCAGUGGCAUGAAUCCCAGCUUUGACUGGUACUAGAGAAAAACCACAAUCACUUCAGACACUUCUCGGUGUUCAAAAUUCUGGUCAUUGGGCAUUCCUGCACACUUCUAGAAAAGUACUACACACCUUUCUGCAGUGAGCAGCAGCAGCCAAAUCCUGCUCCACUGUUCUGGCCAGAUAAAUAUUUCAUAUUGAAACGACACAUUGUUUUAGAGGAGGAGCCGAAAGAUUUUUUUCAUCACUUGCCCCUUUGUACCCCCCAGAUGUUGGAUUUGAAAUCUUGCGCUUUUCGCAAAACGUUUUGUGGCCUACUUUAGCCAUUUAGAUUUCAGAUGUGAUGGAGUGGUUAAGAGGGAUCAACUUCCAAUUCACAACACUGAAAAUGGUCUUGUACCAUUAGCAGGUGCCUUGGCAGAACUCGUAGAAAACAAUAUUACAAGUAGUCUUUGUCAAAGACUUUCCAUUCUUGGUUUUAGGUGGUACUGAAGAAGUGUAUUAUUUUAAGGUGGCUGGAUUUUAUUUCCCAUCAAUGCAGAUUUGUUUUUUUUUUUGUUUAUAUUGCAACAGUCUUGUUAUACUAAAUAUUUUCAAUUAUUGUAUCAAUUCCAAUUGUAUGUUGGAACAUUUCUGAAACAGGGUCACACACCCACCUUGUCCUGUCACUGGUCUUGCCUAGAGCAAGAGCAGUGCCGUGCAGUAUCAAUUUCGGCUUCAGAUGUGCUGUAAACAUUUUUCGUUACGUUGCCUGUUACCCGUGGUUUCUUUAGAAAUUAUGAUUCAUUAAGUAAAUGGAGCACCCUUCUUGUCUCGGUUGAGUUCUCAUUUUAAAGGAGUUCUGAUGCAAAAGGUCUCGGUGUUCCUCAGCCUGUUACAGAAGGCGAUGCCACCCUCUUGGAACUCCAGUGGCAGGUGACCUGGUCCUUAAACUUGGCAGACGUCAGCCCUGUCGCGGGUGGGACGCUGGGUAGCUUUGAAACCAUAGUUAGCGUGAUUGAAUACCUGGAGGGGGCCCAAGAUGCACUCAUCACCCUGAUACCCUGCAGACUUCAUUCAGUUUAAGUGUACAGUCUCAAAAAUGGCAUAACCCUUUUUCUUUGAGAAAAGAAAAAAAAAGAUAUCUAUCUCUUAAUUGUGUGUAUAUUUGUAGUUUAUGCUGUAACAUAUUUAGAAGCUUUUUUUAUAAUGAAAAGGUAUAUAAAGCAAUUCUUUACAAUUGCUACUGUUUAUAAUUUUUUGUAGCGGGUUGUGAUAUUUUGCACAACUUUUGUAAUGUAAAAAGUUUCAGCAUGGUGUUUGAUUUCAUCCUGCAGACAGUAGUAGUCUUUUUGCUUGAGGGUUCGAGUUUAAACCCACAGACCUGCACCCUUUUCCCUAACUUGUAUCCAGCAACAUCUCAUUUCUUGGUACUGAACUGUGUAGAUAAUACUAAACCAAGUUACACAGAAUUUGUAGUGAUGAAGAAUAUCUGAGUGCAAAGAUUAAACAUACUCUGUUGUAUGUCUGGGAUGUAUCAUUUUGUGUUUUGACAGAUGUACGAGACAUGUUCCAAGUGACUGAAGACAAAAGCGACUGCUUAGACAAAAAUGAUCUUAAGUAGUGUGCUUGUUACAUGUUUUCUGAGUAACUACAGCAAUUUACCAAGAGAUAUUU